CUCCGCCCACUUUCACAGACACGCCCCCGCAAUAUGUGGAGGCCAAGGAAGGGGGCAGCAUCACCCUAACCUGCACUGCCUUCGGGAACCCCAAGCCUGUGGUCAGCUGGCUGAGAGAGGGCGAGCUCCUCGCUGAGAGUAGGAAAUACAAGGUGAGCGAUGGGAGCCUGACGGUGCUGUCGGUCAACCGGGAGGACCGAGGAGCCUACACGUGCCGGGCUUACAGUGUGCAGGGAGAGGCCGUCCACACCACACGUCUGCUUGUCCAAGGGCCACCAUUUAUUGUAUCCCCACCAGAAAACAUAACAGUCAACAUAUCCCAGGAUGCAUUCUUCACCUGCCAAGCAGAAGCGUAUCCAGGCAACCUGACCUACACCUGGUUUUGGGAGAAAGAUAACGUCUUCUUCAAGAAUGAUCUGAAGCGCAGGGUUAGGAUUCUGAUCGACGGCUCCCUCAUCAUCUCCCAAGUGAAACCGGAGGAUGCUGGGAAAUACACCUGCAGUCCCAGCAACAGCCUUGGCCGCCCGCCCUCUGCGUCUGCGCACCUGACGGUGCAGUACCCUGCCCGAGUUGUGAACAUGCCAUCGGUCAUCUACGUUGCGAUUGGACUGCCAGGAUACAUCCGCUGCCCGGUGGACGCCAACCCACCCGUGACGUCGGUCAAGUGGAAGAAAGAUGGGCUUCCUCUGAGGGUGGAGAAGUACCCCGGCUGGAGCCAAAUGGACGAUGGGAGCAUUCGCGUGGCGGAGGUGACAGAGGAUUCUCUCGGCACCUACACCUGUGUGCCUUACAACGUCCUGGGUACCAUGGGACAGUCCCCCCCAGCCCCCCUGGUGCUAAAGGACCCCCCCAAAUUCUCGGUGGUCCCUGGAGGGGAAUAUAGGCAGGAGGCUGGGAGAGAGCUGGUCAUCCCAUGUGAGGCUGAGGGAGACCCCUUUCCAAAUAUCACAUGGAGGAAGGUAGGGAAGCCCAGCCGGAGCAAGCACAACGUCCUACCGAGAGGCAGCUUACAGUUCAAAUCCCUCAGCAAGGAGGACCACGGGGAGUGGGAGUGUGUCGCCACCAACGUCGCCACGAGCAUCACUGCCAGCACGCACCUCCUAGUGAUCGGCACAAGUCCUCACGCCCCAGCCAACGUCCAUGUCUCAGCCUCGACGACCUCAGCCAACGUCUCCUGGGAACCCGGAUAUGAUGGCGGAUACGAGCAGACAUUCUCAGUCUGGGUGAAGAGAGCACAGCUAGGGCCACACGAUUGGCUCUCGGUGCCCGUGCCUGUCGCUCAGACCUGGCUGCUGGUGCAGGGCCUGGAACCCGAGACGGCGUACCAGUUCAGCGUCCUGGCGCAGAACAAGCUGGGGACAGGUCCCUUCAGCGAGGUCGUCACUGUGAACACGUUAGUAUUUCCUAUAAGUACCCCUGAACCACUGGUGCUGCUAACCCCACCAAGGUGCCUCACAGCCAAUCGGACACAACAGGGAGUCCUAUUGACAUGGAUCCCUCCAGCCAACCAUACGUCGCCAAUCGAUCGGUAUGUCAUGGAGUUCCGCCUGGGAGAGAGGUGGGACAUCCUGGACAGUGAGAUCCCACCUGGAGAAACAGAACUUCUGGCAAGAGACCUUGUCCAGGUAAGAACAACAUCAGGAUUUCUCUUGGCCCCAAGUGCACUCCUUUGAUGAACAAGUCAAUUUGUAUAAGCAGUGUUUCCCAGUGCAAUCCUCAGGGGCCCCAGUUGGUCCAGGUUUUUGCUCCCUUCGAGCUCCCUGCCAGACACUCCACAUUUUUGCUCCCUCCCAGCUCCCGGUGGGACUGUCUGUGGGUCUUCAAAAAUCAGGUUGGGAAACACGGGUAUAAGUCUGUUUGAUAUGAAGCUGACUUCAGUAUGAUGACACGUUGACACUUAACUGGUUCGUGAUUUGUCCAAGUGACCCUCUUCGCGGUAGAUUCUUUUCAAGUUUAGUUAAUACGCUGGAACCCAUGUAGUACAAGGCUAAAGGAUGAAGAAGAGCUUCUGCAACUUUCAUUCCCAGAAUUAAAUGUCAGAAAUACCAUUUUGGGAGAGCUCAGGAUCAAAGUGGGAUAGAAAGUAUUAGUUGGACUUCAAAGUGGUUAGUUUUAUGCUUCCUCUGUGACCAUGAGGUGCACUACCUGAUGAAAAGCUACAGUGCAUUUACAUAAAAUAAGUUCAGAUUUCAGUUACUGGCCUGAUGUCUCUACUGCUGUCAAAUAGGGAUAUUCGAUGUAGGUAGUACAAUGAUACUCAGACAUGAUAAAAGACAUACAUUCAUUAUAAUACACCAUCACUGCAUAGCACAAUAUAUGUCCCACCACAGCCAAAAUAUUUGAAGUAAUACAUAAUACAUUUCAAAAUGUGUUAGGAAUAGGUUAUCUUGAAAUCCCCAAGACCCACAUUAUCCAUAAAGUCAGUCCCAUCUCUGAAGGAAACUUUUCAUGGGAUGUUUUCCUCAUGCACCAUAAACUCACACACACGGCUUAUACAGGUGAACAUGAAAACAGAUCAUCAUUUAUGUCAUUUACGUCUGAGAGAGGCCUUAUUGCGGGCCUUGCAGUUCUGCACAUGCUGUAACCUAUUUAUGGCGUACAGCUGGAUUUCACUGGAGCGGUUGAAGUAAUUGUCCCAUUUGGGAUUUCGACUGCGGCGCCAUCCCUCGAGUUUGACUCAAUUCCCCGACUCGCCGGCGUGGUGAGCUGUGUUGUCCUUUUGCCAUAUUGGCUGUCAUGUUCCCGCCAUUCUCUCGAGCCCGGUGGACCAGCUGUCCCGCGUCGUUUUGCAGGAAACAACUAGUACGUCAGUAUCACAGGAUUCGGUGGUGGAUGGAUCCCGGAAAAUGCGUCCCUCUGUUGAAAUGGGUGUUUAGCUUCGGGGCAGAUGAAGCCUCUUUUCGUCAUAUCAUUUCCUCUGCUAGUAUAUCCAUGAGUGUUCCUUCAUUUCUGCUUGUAAGAUCACUUCCUCCGGCAG